CUGAGCAGCCCCCCCCACCCGGUGAUGGAGGGGGAGGACGUGGUGCUCCGGUGUUCCUACAAACCGAACGAGGACGUGGACACGCCGGAGUCGGGGUUCCCCGCCAGCUUCUUCAGGAACGGCACCUUUUUGGGGACGGAGGCGUCCGGGAGGAUGACCCUGAAGGGGGUCUCCAGGUCCAGGGACCAGGGGCUCUACAGCUGUGGGCAUCCCACCGGGGGACGGUCCCCCCAGAGCCAGCUGUCAAUCAAAGAGCCCCCCGGUGGAUCCCAGUUCUUCAAGUACAGCAGCGUGUCCCUGGACUGUGACGGGGGCUGGGCGGUGAGGAGGACCACGGCCCGUUAUACCGCCCAGGGCUGCCGCCCGGGCUGGGCCACGCCCCGCGGGCCCUCCUCCUGCCUCAUCGAGGACGCCCUGCCCACCGACUCCGGACAGUACUGGUGCGAGUCCCCCUGGGGGGGGCGGAGCCCCCCGGUCAACGUCACCGUGAUCGCUCAGGGCGUGAUCCUGAGCAGCCCCCCCCACCCGGUGAUGGAGGGGGAGGACGUGGUGCUCCGGUGUUCCUACAAACCGAACGAGGACGUGGACACGCCGGAGUCGGGGUUCCCCGCCAGCUUCUUCAGGAACGGCACCUUUCUGGGGACGGAGGCGUCCGGGAGGAUGACCCUGAAGGGGGUCUCCAGGUCCAGGGACCAGGGGCUCUACAGCUGUGGGCAUCCCACCGGGGGACGGUCCCCCCAGAGCCAGCUGUCAAUCAAAGGUGAGGCUCCGGUUUUAGCCCAGAGAAGCAGAAGAGUCCCGAACGUCUGUAAAACGUCGGAAGAAAGAAGCGGCGUCCUGCUGCUCGUCCUCUACAACCUCCUGCUGGUCUUCUGCGUGUACAAGUACCGGAAGUGGGUCCGAGCCAGGAAGGCCGAGAAGAGACGGUGCCGGCCAUCGGGGGGGGCGGAGCCAUGA